GUGAUGCUGCGGCUUCAAUGGAACAAGAAAAAGAAACUCUUCUGGAAAUGAUCCAUAAUAUACAGAACAGUCAGGAUAUGAGGAAUAUUAGUGAAGGUUUAUGUGGAAAAAAUGCAGUUUUCUUCAAAUGUCAAACGGGGAGUUUUGAAAUUGGGGGAUAAACAAGAGUCAUAUCCUCUUAGUGUCCAGUUCUAUCUGCAGCCCCCUACUGAAAAUAUUUCUCUGAUGGAGUUCGAAAAUUUUGCAGUUGAUAGAUUGAAAUUACUCAAAGCAGUUGAGAACUUGGGUGUGAGUUAUGUGAAAGGUAGUGACUCUUACCAAGAAAAGUUACAGUUGGAACUUCGACACCUUAAAUUUCCAUAUCAUGCUUUGACUGAAGAUGAUUAUAAUGCAAGAAGAAAAGACCAUAUUUCUCAUUUUAUAUUGCGCCUUGCCUAUUGCCAAUCGGAGGAGCUUAAAAGAUGGUUUAUCCAACAAGAAAUGGACCUCUUCCGUUAUAGAUUUAAUCAGCUAUCUCGUUCAUUGGUUGAAAAGUUUCUUCAAUAUGCUAACUUGGGAUAUGAUAUUCUUCCAGAAAAUGAAAAGCUGAAAAUGCAAGACCAGCUAAUAAAUGCAACUCCUGGAAACAACGAACUGAAAAAUAAUGUCUUCUAUAAGGUCCCUUUCUGUGAUGCUGCAGAUUUAGUUCGUGUAAGAAAAGUUUACUUGCUUGGUGGAUAUGCCUAUGUUCCUCAACAGGAGUUUGUUACUAUUGUCCUCAACAGUUAUAGAACCAAACUAUCAAAAGCUCUGGCACUAACAGCACGAUCCCUGCCUAUGGUACAAACUGAUGAGAGACUUCAACCCCUGCUCAAUCACCUCAGCCAUGCAUAUGUUGGCCCAGAUUAUAAUAUUGAAAAAGCAAUGGGCAAAAUUUCAUUGGAACAAAUUGAUGCUCUUUCGGUUAAAUCAUUUCCUCUCUGCAUGCGCCAGCUUCACAAAGCUCUGCGUGAUAACCAUCAUCUUCGUCAUGGAGGCCGUAUGCAAUAUGGCUUAUUUCUCAAGGGCAUUGGUUUAACACUAGAGCAAGCUCUGCAGUUCUGGAAAUCUGAAUUCAUCAGAGGAAAAGUAGACGCAGACAAGUUUGAUAAAGGAUAUGCUUACAGCAUCCGGCAUAGCUAUGGAAAAGAAGGCAAGAGAACGGAUUAUACUCCAUAUAGCUGCAUGAAAAUUAUCCUGUCCAAUCUCCCAGGCCAAGGGGAUUAUCAUGGAUGCCCAUUUCGCCACAGUGACCCAGAGCUGCUGAAGCAGAAGCUUCAGUCGUAUAAAAUACCUCCUUCUGGAAUUGGUCAGAUAUUGGACUUGGUGAAAGGUAUGCAUUAUCAGCUGGCCUGCCAAAAAUACUUCGAAUUGACUCAUGAUGUCAAAGAAAUUGGUUUUUCUCUGAGCCAUCCUAAUCAGUACUUUAUAGAAAGUCAGCAGCUACUUGGCGUCACCAAAGAAAUAAAAAAAGAUGAAAGGCAGCUUGAAAGCUCCCAGCUGAAACACAGCAGCCAGACACGGGCAGAUAUUCCUACGACUUCCUCUUUAAGUGCAACAGAAGAAAUGGAACUGGAGGGACUUGAGGAUUACUUUGCUGAAGAUUAAACAAUUCCAUCACUUUCCCGUUUACUUCCUGUUAUCUUCCUACAUUGCAAAGUGGUGCUGUGUGAAUGACGUGUAAAGACAUUGUAAAUGUGCGGAGUUGUGUUCUACAUAGAAAGUGUGGAACGGUAUUGUGAUAUAAAAAGUUUUGAAAAACGAACACUUUCUUGUAAGCACAAAAAAUCAGUUGCAAGAUUGAGCAAUAAAAUGAUUCAGGUCGCAUUUCUGUUUCCAUGGGCAAAUGCUAGAGCUGUAGGCUUUCCAACACUCUGUUUCAUUCUCUUUUAACUCCCAAGUCUUUUUCCUUGAUAGAACUGGUUUUAAAUAUAGAGAAAUGCAGAUAUUUAUAAUGCACUUUAGGUCAUUCCUGCAAGAUCUAUUGUGUCAUAAACAAUUCAUGAUUACUUUAUGAAUUCCUCCUAAAAUGCAAAAUUUUCUUGCUGUGAUUUCAAGUGGCAAAGCCUCUUUCAAAAGGAAAUGAAGAUUUUAAAUGCAUGUUGUUAAACUUACAU